UUCCUUCCAUUUCCUUUCUUUUCAAAUUCCUUCCGCUCUCUUCURAAACCCUAGUCUCUCUCUCGAGAUCCAUCGAGUUGCUUGAUUUUCUUCUGCAGAUUUGGUCACUGKGACUGAUCGAUCAUGGCGGAUCACUCUGACAGCGCGGAGCCGAAGGCGGAGUCUUUGAUUGACAAGAUAGUUGAGAAGAUUCACGAUCACGAUUCCUCUUCGUCGUCGGGAUCGGAUUCCGAAACCGAGGGGUCGGCUGCUUCAUCUUCAUUGAAGGAGAAAGUCUUCCGGCUUUUCGGAAGGGAGAGGCCAGUUCAUCAUGUCCUCGGUGGUGGAAAACCUGCUGAUCUAUUCUUGUGGAGGAAUAAGAAGAUCUCAGCCAGUGUUCUUGGUGGAGCCACUGUCAUCUGGAUCUUCUUUGAAUUGCUGGAGUGCCAUCUGCUUACGUUUGUCUGUCGCUCUCUGAUCCUCGCCCUUGGACUCUUGUUCCUUUGGUCCAAUGCCCACACAUUUAUUUACAAGAGUCCACCCCGAGUCCCAGUAGUUCAACUUCCUGCGGACCCUUUCCUGGAGGUUGCUUCUGCUUUGAGAGCGGAAAUUAACUGUGCUUUUGCAUUAUUGCGGGACAUUGCAACUGGAAGAGAUUUGAAGAAAUUCCUCACGGCAAUUGCUGGCUUGUGGGUUCUGUCAAUUGUGGGAAGCUGGUGCAGUUUCUUGACGUUGUUCUACAUAAACUUUGUUUUGUUGCACACGGUGCCCGUUCUGUAUGAGAAGUAUGAAGAUAAGAUCGACCCAUUAGCGGAGAAGGCAUUGAUUGAGUUCAAAAAGCACUACGCCGUGUUUGAAGACAAGGUUUUGAGCAAGAUUCCAAAAGGCCCAUUGAAAGGCAAGACGGCUUAGACUGGCCUAAGUGUCCUCUUCCUUCACAAAAAGCGGUAACCACAUGUUUAUUGAUCUUUCUCUUUGUCUUUUGGCUGCGCUGAUAGAGCAUAGGUUGUUGAAUCAUUGGGGUGGUUUUCGCAAUUUAGUGGGUUUGUUCUGCAAGUGUUCAAUUUGUAAGUUAUUAAUUGUAUGGAAACUUUCAGGAGAGAAGUACUUUGGUUUGUGGUAACUAGUUUUGUAGUUUUUCAUUUUUCCAAUUUGAGCGAUGCCUUAAGAACGAAGUUUUAGCCUUUGAUGUGAAAGAAAAACUAUCAUCUAUCUGCCUACUCA